AUGUGGCCCGAGGGCCUUCUGCCCUCCCCGAGGGUCCCCGCUAUUUCAACUACCGCGUAUCCUGUCCCCUGUGAAAAAGAUCAUUCACUCCCAUCUAUUCAAAAACCCCCCACCAACCACCAUGUCGUUCUCUGUCCAAGGAAGGUCGGCCAUCGUGACCGGAGCGGGAUCUGCCUGACUAAAGUCUUUGCUGUAGGGAUUAACCUGGCAUUUGCCAAACUCUUGUUGGAAAAUGGCUGCAAUGUUCUGAUUGCGGACCUUGCCCUUCGUCCAGAGGCGCAGGUGGUCGUUGACAAAUACUCAACUGCAUCUAGUCGUCCUCGGGCUGUGUUCCAGAAAACCGAUGUGAUCGAUUGGAAACAGCUAGAGCAGAUGUUCGAAGUCGCCGAACGGGAGUUUGGAGAGGUCGACAUCGUGUGUCCAGGAGCUGGUAUUUACGAACCACAUUGGAGCAAUUUCUGGCGCCCACCGGGUACUCCAGAGAGUCGAGAUGCACAGUAUGGCGGUCGGUAUGCCUUGCUGGACAUCAACUUGACCCAUCCGAUCCGCACCACGCAGCUGGCCUUGUCCCACUUCCGCAAUCGCGGAACGCCUCAACGUCGCAAGCAUAUCAUCCACAUCUCCAGUAUUGCUGGACAGAACGCGGCUCUAGCCGCACCCAUCUACGUGGCCACGAAGCACGCAAUUAACGGCCUUGUCCGCUCCAUGGCUAAGCUUGACGACAAAUUUGGCAUCCGUGUAACUGCCGUCGCUCCGGGUGUGAUCAAGACGCCGUUGUGGACCGACCACCCCGAGAAGAUGAAGAUUGUCGACGAUAAGGCGGACGAGUGGGUGACGCCGGAAGAAGUCGCCGAGGUGAUGCUGGCUUUGAUUCAACAGGACUCUGUCGGUGAAAUCAUCGGUGACAAGUCCGGCAAAGGGCCGCAAUUCCGAGUUAGUGGUGGAACUGUUCUAGAGGUAUCCAAGACGAUUGCGUCCGCGCCGACCUACUCCGUACAACAUCCUUCUGUUAGAUCAAUUUAUGGGUCAUCAUACACCAUGUCAGAGCCUCUUUGGAAUCCUGCAGAGUAUGGGCCGGAGAUAAGAUACAGUUCUUGUCUCGUAUUGGAGAAUAUUGGCAUCCCCUAUGUCAUCUGGUUUGAAGAUGCUCUGGCACACUAUGGGGUUCCCACGAUAGUCUUCGAUUUAUAUGUCCUUGUCUUAGACAUUGAUACCGCUGCCGACGCUCUUAUUAAAGCUGGAUGGGUCGUUGAUACCCAAAACCCUCAUCGGAUUGGGGAUUCAGUCGUGACAAUUCCGCAAACACCGCUGAUCUCCCCCGACCAGAAGACAAAGACAGUCCUUCUCCUCGCCUCAGACUGGAGGUUCCCACUCGCGGCUGACCCACCUCUCGAGAGGGUUCCUGUGAACGACCAUUCCCCUUCAAAGCUGUCGUUCCCCCUAUUGCCAGGAUUACUCGAUGCCCUGAUUGAAAGCUGGUUGGUUGGUCCCACUGAGGACGACGCAUUAUUGCUUCGCCUGGCAAUUUAUUUUAACUAUCUGUACGGAUACGUGCCAGCACUUAAAGAGCGAUCGUUUGCCGACCAGAUGAAAUAUGAGCAUCGCCAAUUCCAUUUCGACGUGCUUGCUGGGAUGGCCUCAUCAACUUUACCUUUUAGAAACCACCAACGUGGCAUUAGAGAUGCGCUUUUGCAGGGUCGGUAUGAGUUGCAGGAAUGCUCGGCGCCUCGCGAUAAUGAAGCCCUCUUUGAUCCCUGGAAAGGAAUCCGCCUUCCAGACCCAGUCAACGAUGAAUCAGUGGAGUAG